UCACACACAGAGGGAGAGUCCAACUCCAACUCAAAUCUCUGAUCAAACACAGCUAAAUCACAACUCACACUCUCUCUUAAUCACAUUUUCUAGAGAGAGAAACAAGUGCUUAAUACUGAAACUCACUUUCAAUUUUGAACUUAAUCCUUAUCAUUCCACACACAACUUUCUCUCUCUACAAUUAUAUCUCUCUGUAUAAAGGAAUCUCAUAAAUCUCUUUUGCUUUACUCAUUGAUAAGUAAGAUAAAUUCACUAUCAUGUCGGAGUUUUCCGGCGACGGUAUAUCGGAGUUCAGUUCCGGCGAAAACGGUGGUGGCGGAGGCAAUGUACGCGAAACGACGCCGUUGACAGUGUCGGCGUCGUUUAAGGAAGGGAAGAGUAGCUCACGGCGGAAGGCGGCGGUGAUGAGACCAAGCCUUGACGCCGAUGAGUUUUUUAACUUACUUCAUGGUUCGGAUCCGGUGAAAUUGGAGCUUAAUCGACUUGAAAAUGAAGUUAGAGAUAAGGACCGGGAAUUGACUGAAGCUCAAGCAGAGAUCAAGGCACUGAAAUUAUCCGAGAGACUACGAGAAAAGGCUGUUGAAGAGCUCACAGAUGAGUUGUCAAGGGUCGACGAGAAGCUUAAAUUGACAGAAUCUCUUUUAGAAAGCAAGAAUCUUGAAAUUAAGAAAAUUAAUGAUGAGAAGAAAGCAUCCAUGGCAGCUCAAUUUGCAGCAGAAGCCACUCUUAGAAGGGUCCAUGCUGCCCAAAAAGACGAUGAUAUGCCUCCUAUUGAAGCCAUCCUUGCACCUUUGGAGGCUGAACUCAAGAUCGCACGUCAGGAGAUUGCGAAGCUGCAAGAUGAUAAUAAAGCACUGGACCGUCUUACAAAGUCAAAAGAGGCAGCUUUACUUGACGCUGAGAGAACUGUGCAGUCAGCAGUAGCAAAAGCUUCUAUGGUGGAUGACCUUCAGAACAAGAACCAAGAGUUGAUGAAACAGAUAGAAAUAUGCCAGGAAGAAAAUAAAAUACUGGACAGAAUGCAUCGCCAAAAGGUUGCAGAGGUUGAAAAACUUACCCAAACAGUACGUGAGCUUGAGGAGGCUGUUCUUGCGGGUGGUGCAGCUGCUAAUGCUGUCCGGGAUUAUCAACGGAAAGUUCAAGAGAUGAAUGAAGAAAGAAAAACUCUUGAUCGGGAGCUGGCACGUGCCAAGGUAACAGCUAAUAGGGUAGCAACUGUGGUUGCCAAUGAGUGGAAAGAUGCCAAUGAUAAAGUAAUGCCUGUGAAACAGUGGCUUGAAGAAAGGAGGUUUUUGCAGGGUGAGAUGCAAACAUUGCGUGACAAGCUCACAGUCACUGAACGAGCUGCAAAAUCAGAAGCCAUGUUAAAAGAGAGAUAUCAACUGAGGCUUAAAGUCCUUGAAGAGACAUUAAGAUCAUCCACCUCAGCUACUCGCAGUACACCAGAUGGUAGAAGUUCAAGCAAUGGUCCUUCACGUCGGCAAUCACUGGGAGGCGCUGAAAACAUCUCCAAGUUGACCUCCAAUGGCUUUUUACCAAAGAGAUCACCAUCUUUUCAGCUUAGAUCUUCUGGUUCCAGUACAGUUCUGAGGAAUGCUAAAGGGACAUCAAAGUCGUUUGAUGGUGGCUCAAGGUCAUUGGACAGAGGCAAAAACCUUCUGAAUGGUACAGGUCCAAAUUUCAACAGCAGCAAGUCGUGUGAUGGAACCAAAGACAAUGAGACUGAGAAUAGUUCCUGGAAAGCAAGUCAGGUUGAAAAAGACAAUGACACACAAGUUACAGAAAGAGAGGAUACUAUACCUGGAAUAUUAUAUGAUUUGCUGCAAAAGGAAGUAAUUGCUUUGAGGAAAGCAGGUCAUGAGAAGGAUCAAAGUCUUAAAGACAAGGAUGACGCUAUUGAGAUGUUAGCUAAGAAAGUAGAAACUUUAACAAAAGCCAUGGAGGUUGAAGCUAAAAAAAUGAGAAGGGAGGUUGCUGCCAUGGAGAAGGAGGUGGCUGCCAUGCGUGUUGAGAAAGACCAAGAGAAUAGGGCCAAAAGAUUUGGAAAUUUAAAGGGUUCAGUGAGCAGUUCUCAGCUGCCUCCAGGAAGAAAUGUAGCUCGAAGUGGGUUAACACGCAACACUCAAUAACAAUACGAGGAAACCCCUACUACUACAGCUUUGAGAAGAUAUUCUGCAUAGACUUCCUGUAUUCCUAGUCUACUUGACAACUCUACUAUUUUCCACUAAUGGUUUAUUGUAAGAUUGUAACAAGCAUGCCAUUCUCUAUGAUCGAAGUCUAUCCAAACACUGGAAAAGACCGGUAGAUGAAAUUUGGUGUGCUUCUGACUUUGACUAUGAUCCCCUUCCGCUUAGAAAUCAGCUGGAAAGAUACUCAAGUUAUCAAAGUUAAGCUAAUGUUUUCGCCGAGCAGCUUGAGUGGCGGUGGUGGUGUGGUUGUAUAGGUAGCUCUUGGUAUUUACUUUGCCUAUACUCUUUUCUCAACUUGUUUGCAGUCUAUAUUUGUAAUCUGCAGCUUAAUUGUGAUGAUAUGUUAUUCGUUCGUGUUUGUCUAUAUUCUUGUAAUCAGAGAAGGAUGAUAUUUUUUUCCCCCUUCUGAUAUUUUGACUAGAGUAUUUGUGUUAUAUAAGUAAUUUUUUUUUCUGAACCA